UCUCUACUUCCACGAUGCAGUCGAGCGGGAAGCGCAGACAGCAAGCCUCUUCCUCGCCGACAUCGAGCCGGAGCGGGGGUCCGCCAGCUUCGCAAUCGCGAGCUAAGCCUCGAUUUGUCCAGCAUAAGCUCACGGGGGAGCUUCCCAUCUUCAAUGACUGGAUCCCCUCUGUCGCGGACGAUAAAGAGGAGGCGGUGUACUUUUACGGCGGCUCGCGGCCCGACACCCGAGGACAACCUCCCGACGAACGACUUGUAUCGACUGAGUAUCAAGACGAUGGCCUGGGAAAACCUAACGGUGCAAUGGUCGGCUAUGUCCCACCGGACCUGCCAAUGGCGAACUUCUACGGCGGGCGCUCUACCCAGGAAAAGAAGCUGCCUGCGCUGACCGACGCCGCUUCCGCCGUGCUGCAUGUCGCGGGCAAGUCUUUCUUGAUGCUCUUCGGCGGCUCCAACGAAGAUAUCGUUGCCUCGGACCGCCUGAUCUGCGUGGACAUGACCAAUCUUGCGUGGUAUGGCGCUCGAAACGGGGAAAAAAUACCCCCAGAAGAAACACCGGUCUCCGAGGAAAAACUCGGCACCUCUUUGACAGUUCCGAGAACUCCGGGCUUCUUUUGCCCCCAGGUCUCGCUAUUUCCUUUGCCGACAACUUAUGACUCCCGACAACUCGUGACUCCCGACAACUUGUCGCUUCUGACAACUCAGUACUAA